GCGCCCCGCCUCCCCCGCCGCCCGGUGGAGGGGCCGAGGGCGGGCGCUGGUGCCGAUCUGGACGCUCUGGGGAGUCUGAGGAGGAGACUAUGAGGCGAGCUCCGGCCCGGGUGCAGCCGGGCUCGGGGAGCGACGCCGCGCUCUGACUGGCUGCGCCGCGAGGGCCGGCGCGCGGACGGUACCGGGGCGGCUCGGGGGCUGAUCCGCGCGGCCGCCCCCUCCCCCCCUCCCCGCUGGUGUCUCCCCUCCUUCCCCGGCCCGCAGAGCCAUGUCGCGGGGCGGCUCCCGCCCACACCUGUUGUGGGACGUGAGGAAAAGGUCCCUCGGGCUGGAGGACCCUUGGCGGCUGCGGAGCCGCUACCUGGGAAGAAGAGAAUUUAUCCAAAGAUUAAAACUUGAAGCAACCCUGAAUGUGCAUGAUGGCUGUGUUAAUACAAUCUGCUGGAAUGAAACUGGAGAAUAUAUUCUAUCUGGCUCUGAUGACACCAAGUUAGUAAUUAGUAAUCCUUACAGCAGAAAGGUUUUGACUACAAUUCGUUCAGGACACCGAGCAAAUAUAUUUAGUGCAAAGUUCUUACCAUGCACAAAUGAUAAGCAGAUUGUAUCCUGUUCUGGAGAUGGAGUCAUAUUUUAUACCAAUGUUGAGCAAGAUGCAGAAACUAACAGACAAUGCCAAUUUACGUGCCAUUAUGGAACUACCUAUGAGAUCAUGACUGUACCCAAUGACCCUUAUACUUUUCUUUCUUGUGGUGAAGAUGGAACUGUUAGGUGGUUUGAUACACGCAUCAAAACUAGCUGCACAAAAGAAGAUUGCAAAGAUGAUAUUUUAAUUAAUUGCCGACGUGCCGCAACAUCUGUAGCUAUUUGCCCACCGAUACCAUAUUACCUUGCUGUGGGUUGUUCUGAUAGCUCAGUACGAAUAUAUGAUCGGCGAAUGCUGGGCACAAGAGCUACAGGGAAUUAUGCAGGCCGAGGAACUACUGGAAUGGUUGCCCGAUUUAUCCCUUCCCAUCUUAAUAAUAAGUCCUGCAGGGUGACGUCUCUGUGCUACAGUGAAGAUGGGCAAGAGAUUCUUGUUAGUUACUCUUCAGAUUACAUAUAUCUUUUUGACCCAAAAGAUGAUACAGCACGAGAACUGAAAACUCCUUCUGCAGAAGAGAGAAGAGAAGAGUUACGACAGCCUCCAGUUAAGCGGUUGAGACUUCGUGGUGAUUGGUCAGAUACAGGACCCCGAGCAAGACCUGAGAGUGAACGAGAACGAGAUGGAGAGCAAAGUCCCAAUGUGUCAUUGAUGCAGAGAAUGUCUGACAUGCUGUCAAGAUGGUUUGAAGAAGCAAGCGAAGUUGCACAAAGCAAUAGAGGACGAGGAAGAUCUAGACCCAGAGGGGGAAUGAGCCAGUCAGAUGCUGCCACUCCUCCUACGGUGCCGUCACACACCGACCUGGAAGCGGGAGAGACUGCGAUGGAAGUGGACUCGCCUGCGGAGCAGCCUUGCACAUCCUCUGCGCUGGCAGCGCAGACCCCGUCGGCACCCCUUUCCGCAGCAAGCCCUCGUGUUGCUUCGUUGUCCCCGCCAGACAGUGAGCGAAGGCAGUCUGCUGAGGCGUCCGGACACCAUGCACAUGAUCAGUCUGAAUUUUUAAGGGGGCCUGAGAUAGCUUUACUCCGUAAGCGUCUUCAGCAGCUGAGGCUUAAGAAGGCUGAGCAGCAGAGGCAGCAGGAGCUGGCUGCGCGUGCCCACCCACAGCCUUCCGCUGCCCAUCGGCCUUCACAGGAGGGCUCUUCACAGGACCCUCAGGCCUCAGAUUCUCCUUCUUCUGUGGUUAACAAACAGCUCGGAUCCAUGUCCCUUGACGAGCAACAGGAUAACAAUAAUGAAAAGCUGAGCCCCAAACCAGAGACAGGUGAACCCGUUUUAAGUUUGCACUACAGCACAGAAGGAACAACUACAAGCACAAUAAAACUGAACUUUACAGAUGAAUGGAGCAGUACCGCCUCAAGUUCUAGAGGAAGUGGGAGCCGCUGUGCAUCUGAGGGCCCAGAGCCUCCCGUGGCCCCACAGAGCGCCGUGCAGCCUCCAGGAGACAGCGAGACAAAAUUUCCUGAAGAAUCACCAGAGGAUAUGACGACAUACCGGGAAGGUACCUCUGCAGGAAACACAGUUCAGGAUCGUAUAGACAUAGCACAAUCAGAGAGGUCCAUGUCUGAGCUGCUGGGUUCCAGCUCAGGAGGAAGGAGUGACGUCAGUCUUGACAGCCCUUGUGGGGUUCCAGGAGAAUCCACUUUGUCUGAAAAAGGCAAGAAACCAGGAACUUCAGAUCAGACUGGCACUGAGAGUGCUGCCGACCCAAAUACCAGCCUUGAGCCUCCGCCACAGACAGAAGCCAUUAGGCCCUCGCCUCCUGAGGGAGCCCUGGCCAGGGGCUCCGCGCUCCAGGACACGGACGACAGUGAUGACGACCCAGUCCUGAUCCCGGGCGCACGGUACCGAGCGGGACCUGGUGAUAGAUUUAAUAUCAGAGGAACAGCAAUAGGUGAUAGAAUAAUGAGACGCUCUGCUGUUGCCCGUAUUCAGGAGUUCUUCAGGCGGAGAAAAGAAAGGAAAGAAAUGGAAGAACUGGACACUUUGAAUAUUAGAAGACCACUAGUAAAGAUGGUUUAUAAAGGCCAUCGCAACUCCAGGACAAUGAUAAAAGAAGCCAAUUUCUGGGGUGCUAACUUUGUAAUGAGUGGCUCUGACUGUGGCCAUAUCUUCAUUUGGGAUCGUCACACUGCUGAGCACCUAAUGCUUCUGGAAGCUGAUAACCAUGUGGUAAACUGCCUGCAGCCACAUCCGUUUGACCCAAUUCUAGCCUCAUCUGGCAUAGAUUAUGACAUUAAGAUCUGGUCACCACUAGAAGAGUCAAGGAUUUUUAACCGAAAACUUGCUGACGAAGUUAUAAAUCGAAACGAACUCAUGCUGGAAGAGACUAGAAACACCAUUACAGUUCCAGCCUCUUUCAUGUUGAGGAUGUUGGCUUCGCUGAAUCAUAUCCGAGCUGACCGGAUGGAGGGUGACAGAUCAGAAGGCUCUGGUCAGGAGAACGAGAAUGAGGACGAGGAAUGAGCAGCUCCUGUGGGCAAGACUUAAGAUGUCCCGAAAUUUGUAUAAGACAUUUAUUAUAUUUUUUCCUUACAGAGCUUUAGUGCAAUUUUAAGCUUAUGGUUUUUUGGAGUUUUCCUCCCUUUUUGGGAUAACCUAACAUUGGUUUGGAAUGAUUGUGUGCAUGAAUUUGGGAGAAUGUCUAAAACAAAAACUAGCAAAAUGUUUAAAACUUUUUGCCAUGUUUGAGGAGUGCUAGAAAAUGCAAAGUGCAAUCUUCCCCUGACCUUCGAUGCGGGGCUUGGAUCACUGUGGAAGAGUGAUUUUCAUUAUGGUGAAAACGUUGAUUCAGAUAAAUUUCUACACUUGCCAUUUGCAUGUUUGUUGCUUUCUAAUUAAAGAAGUUGAUUGUUUUAAGAUA